ACAAGAAACUGCCUCCCUGCAGCGCGAGGAGACAUGACCCUGGUUUGAAUGCUAAUGUGCGCAAAUUAGUGUGAAAUGUAAACCUUAACGCAUGAAUGCACGUGUGACAUGUGAGUGAGGUUGAAAAUUGUGAUUUGCUGUACACCAUUGCAUAUCUGCAUGCACCACCACCGCUGGGUGAGCGGUCGCCAUUGAUAAGGACCGGUGUAAAGUCCUUUGAUGUAGUUAUCUUGUAACAUGCCGCUACAGAGUCAGGUCAGAAGCGUUCAGAGACUCUGCUGUUGUCUAGUACCGUCCGUUAACUACAUCAAGUGUGCCAAUAUCUAAUCUAAGAUCAACGUGACCACCACCACCUGCCCCCAGCAUGUUUAUAAGCUGCAGAGGCAAAUACUUAGCACCUUCAGUGCCAAGGAUCGGCUCCGCUGCCUAGUGUAGCGAUCCUGCACCACCUCCCAAAACAAGGCAUUUGCAAAGUAGUCACAUGGUCGUGAAUAUGCAACGUUAUAUCUUUUUUUUUUUCCCCGCCGAAAUCAAUCUGAACAUUGCAUCACUCGGCUACAUUCCUCUAUUCUAACUGUAACCUGCUGUUGUCGGAUUGUGGCAUCUCAGCGGCCGCGAUCAUCAGCAGGCUCCUCACGAUGUAAUUGAGCUUCAAAGCACUGAGCGGAUUGAGUCGGCAAGACAAAGCCAAUCGCGAGCCAGAGACAGACUGUUCUGUUCCUCCCUCUUAGAUGUGUCCAAUUAGUCGGUCCCGAGUAGGAGGAGCUGUUUUUCAGGGUAAAAUCGAUCUUUCCUGUACGCUGAGCUGAAAUUCUUAAGUUUUUGAAUGCUUAGCUCUUUCUGAGCUGGUUUCUAGGUUGCUCAACAGUUCUGUCAGUAUCGAGCUGACACGCACAGAGAGAGAGAGACACCAUGUCUUCUUCAAGCCCUAAUUCCCUCUUUGGGAUGGGAAACCCCUUACUGGACAUCAUUGCCGUCGUGGACAAAGACUUCUUGGACAAGUACUCUCUGAAACCCAAUGACCAGAUCCUGGCGGAGGACAAACACAAAGCACUAUUUGAGGAGCUAGUGAAGAAGUUCAAAGUUGAGUACCACGCUGGAGGAGCCACACAGAACUCCAUAAAGAUUGCUCAGUGGAUGAUCCAAGAACCCCAUAAUGUGGGCACAUUCUUUGGCUGCAUUGGCAAAGACAAGUUUGGAGAUAUCCUGAAGCAGAAGGCGAAGGAGGCCCACAUCGACACCCACUAUUUCGAGCAAGAUGAAGAGCCCACAGGGACAUGUGCUGCAUGCAUCACCGGAGAUAACAGGUCUCUGGUAGCUAACCUAGCUGCUGCUAACUGUUAUAAGAAGGACAAGCAUCUCGACCUGGAAGAAAACUGGAAGCUGGUGGAGAAAGCUAAAGUUUACUAUAUUGCUGGUUUCUUCCUGACCGUCUCUUUGGAUUCCAUCCUGAAAGUGGCGAAACACGCGUCUGAAAACAACAAGCUGUUCUGCAUGAACCUCUCCGCGCCCUUCAUCUGUCAGUUCUUCAAGGAUAAUCUCAUGCAGGUUCUGCCCUACGUCGACGUGCUGUUCGGCAAUGAAACAGAGGCGGCGGCAUUCGCUAAAGAGCAAGACUUCGAGACCGAGGACCUAAAGGAAAUUGCCAAAAAAGCCCAGGCUUUGCCCAAAGACAACACAAAGAGACAGAGGAUUGUAGUGUUAACCCAAGGGAAGGAUGAAACUGUUAUGGUUCAAAGUGACGAGGUCGAGACCUUCCCUGUACUGAAGAUCGACCCCAAGAACAUUGUCGACACAAACGGUGCAGGCGAUGCCUUUGUAGGAGGUUUUCUGUGUGAGCUGGUCCAGGGCAAACCAAUGCAUCAGUGCGUGAAGGCGGCACACUACGCCGCCAACAUCAUCAUCAGAAGAGCAGGUUGCACCUUCCCAGAAAAACCCGACUUCAACUGAGGGAUUCCGGGGACGACUCCAUCCGCCUGAAACCUCAUUCUCCCCCUGCCAUACACAACUCCGACCCGUAACAAAUACGAUCAGACACCCGUCCAAGUUGUUUUUCAAUUCAUCCGGACAUAAUUUCCUUCCAAUUGUUAGUUGACAAGUGUGCCCGUCUCCGUUCAUGCAGCCAAGAGCCAAGGAAAGAUUAGUUUAUGUUUCUGAAUUACCAUAAAGGGAUCAUGACAACAUCACAGGAUGGGAUCAUUUUUCUUUACAGAGACGAUCUAAAUGAAAUUGUGUUUUUAUGGACAUUUGUUUCGCUCGUGUUGACAUCACACGAGUCUGUUGUUUCCCCCUUGGAGACGGAAUCAAAGCACAAGAAGUUAAUUCCACUUUGUGAGGACACGUUUUACACAAACAGAGGACGGAUAAACAAUAUACUAGUCAAAAAAUACAGGUUUUGGAUACUGCAAUGAAAAUGUGCAGUAGUGAUUUGUUUUUGGUACAUUUUUAACAAUAUUCUUUGUUUGUGCUUGUUUAGAUUCAAUUCAACGGGCCAGUUAUGAAAGCAAAUGGUUUUAUUUGAAGUGUACACUUUUAAAAUGUGUCAAAGCCUCUGCCCACUGAUUCUUGUGAUGACAGUUAAAUGUCAACAUCACGACACAUGUCGACAUACGAGUUUCUGUCCUCGCGCUGGUUUUUGGGCAGGUGCUUCUCGUCACACGUGCCUUUAGUUCUUCCAUUCUCUGGAAAUGUUGCAAUGUUUGCGGAGGCCGACUGGUGUUACAUGAACCUGCAUCUGUCUGUACAGUCAGACUUUCAAACUAGAUCAGUGAGGGACAACUGGUGGCUGGUGGGGAUAAAAAUGGACAUACAACAUAUUUCAAAUGCAUGUAAGGAAAUAAUAUAUAUUCAAAUGUUCUGUCAGAGGAAUACAGUGGGUAAUAAAACUGACAUUUCCUUCUAUUGUUAUUUCUCUCCUGAAUUAGUGGCCUCUGUUCUUUGUGGGUGUAUUAUUAUCUCUCUAUUUUGUAUUUUGUAACCCAACGUCAAGACAGUCUGAUUUUGAGAGUUUUGUAUGUUAACGUCUACAAAUGGAAGAUGGAAAAGAAGGGAACCAAAUCAUAACAUGAGUUAAAUUCAGGCUGAAAGACUUUGUGGUCUGUGCAACAUUGAAUACCUCAAUACAACUAUCCUGAAUAUAGAUGUAUGCUAAAUAUUUCAUGGCGAAGUAUUUUUUUCUGAAUACAACAAGAGUUGUUUUGAAAUUGGUAUUACUGUCGGUAUUGUUCCACUGUUAGUUUAUUUUAUAUGUUCAAAUACACCAAUAAGCCUUAAGGGACAAUUUAUUCCUGGUCUCAGUUGCCCGUCUUUGUGCUUUACUGUCAUGCCUACAGUUCACAAAUAAAAUAUACAGCAAUCUUU